UAUUAAAAAUGCCAGUACUAAUAAAGUUUAUUUAACAUGAAGGCUGUGUUUAAAGUGUUUGUACUACUAGUGUACUGUUGUAUUAAUGUACAAUCAUCAAAAAUACUAUUUAUCGCUUGUAUGCCCGCACCAAGCCAUCAAAAACCGUUUCAAGCGAUAUGGAGAGCCUUAGCAGAAAAAGGACAUGAGGUGCAUGCUUUAACACCUAACCCACUAAACAUUUCUACCCUCAAUAACCUACAUGAAUACGAUUUGAGUGACUUCUACAACCUCCUGAAAAAUACCAAUCAGGAAGAUUUUAAGUAUUAUACAAAAAAACCUGAGUUCCAUACAGCUUUUAUAAAAGAUUAUUAUAUUACUAAAGUGUGGACCAGAUUCUACGCGGCGGUUUUGCAACACAACGAAACCAGGAGGCUUAUAAACAGCAAUACUAACUUUGAUGCGGUUAUAGUUGAGUGGUUAUACCCGACGAUGGGUGCGUUUGCUCCGUUCUUCAAGGCACCACUGAUUGGAGUGACAUCUUUGGGAGCUCCUUUGAGUUCUAUGGAUACAGUGGGAAAUCCAUGGCAUCCAAUAAUAUCACCUGAUAUGAACCUUCCGUUACCAAGGGGUAUGAGCUUGAAAGAUCGGAUUUUGACAGUACUUUACUCUAUUUACGUCAGGAUACAUUAUCACCUACUUAUUUUGCCUAGAGAGGAUGCUUCUAUUAAAGCAUUCCUCAGCAAGGAGCUGCCUUAUAUCGGCAAUAUUGAGAAAGAAAUUAGUGUGUUGUUGCUAAACAGGAAUUCCAUCCUUCAUAGAUUGAUGUCGUUAACACCUGCAACGAUUGAACUAGGUGGUAUUAAAUUUCCCAAGGAACGACAGGAAUUAGGAACUGAAUUGAAAAAAUUCUUAGACGACUCGAAAAAUGGAGUCGUUUAUUUCAGUUUGGGAUCGACCGUAAAAGGUACAUUCUUACCUAGAAAAACUGUUGAGUUAUUUACUAGCGUUUUUCGUAAUUUGCCAUAUAAUGUAUUAUGGAAAUGGGAAAAUAAUACCAUGGAUCAGAAACCUGAUAAUGUGUUUCUCAGCAAGUGGAUUCCGCAGAUAAAUGUAUUAGAUCAUCCUAAUGUUAAACUAUUCAUAACGCAAGGUGGAUUACAGUCGACUGAAGAAACGAUAGCGGCUCACAAACCUAUUAUCGGUAUUCCGUUUCAUUCUGAUCAGACUACAAAUGUAGACACUUGCGUACAGUAUGGUAUGGGCAAAAUGAUUGAACUGGAAGAUUUAACCGCCGAAAAAUUAAGAAGUUAUAUAUUAGAAAUAAUUAAUAAUCCUAGUUAUGCUGAGAAUGCUAAGAAACUUGAUGAAUUAAUGAAAGACCAACCCCAGGAUGGACUCGAGAAAGCCAUCUGGUGGAUCGAAUAUGUAAUAAGACACAAGGGAGCCAAACAUCUUCGCAGUACAGCUGUAGACCUUCCAUGGUGGAAAUAUUUAAUGUUAGAUAUUUUCGCGUUCAUUUCGGCAAUUUUCCUAGCUAUAGUUCUUGUUUUAUAUUAUUCCUUUAAGUUUAUUGUUCAGUUAGGAUCAAAAUUAUUCAGGAAAAAUGAUAAUAGUACUAAGAAAAAAUCUGAAUAACCGCUAAAUGUGUUUUCAUCUCCAAUAUGUCCAAAAUUUGCAUAUACAGGGCGAGUCUUAAAUAAGUGCACAUAUUUUCAGGGCUGGUAGAUCUCGAUAAAAGGAACAUAUUUUCUCUUUACCGUUUUGCAAAUAACUCCAAAAUAACUGAGGUAUUUUAAUUCAAAAAUUUAAAAAAAAUGAAUUUUUGCUUAAAUUUUGAGAACCACUGGAUCAUUUCUGGGUUUUCUUUCUUGUAAAUUUAAUCUACUACCCAUGUUGCCGUAUUAUCAAGAAAUUAUGAUUUUUAACUAAAAACUAAAAAAAAAUAGAUUUUUUUUCGAAAAACUCCAAAUUUUCAAUUUUUUUUCGCGAAAGUAACCUCAUAGGCGAAAAUACUAUACCAAAAAAUAUUUAAACUUGUUUAAGAUUAGCCCUGCAUAAACUAAGCUUACAUUUAUAAUUAAGUAUAAUGAGAUAUAGGUAAAGAUUAAUUUAUAUAGAGAUAUCUACUACCUUAUAUUACUGUUUUGUUAGUUUAACACACUAGUUACCAUUCAGUUACAUCUGGGGGUUUGAAAUAACUUAGUUACUUCACCAGUUGCAUCAGAUUUUUCUGUAUAUAUAUAUUUUAUUUUACUAAUUUAAGUGUGCUUUAUGUAUUAUAAUAAUAAUAAAUUGGAUAUAUAAAUGAACAUAAAAAAUGUAAAAGGUUAAACUACAGUUUUACUGUAACAACUUGUACUAUUGCUAGAAGAUCUAUCUUCUACAGUAAAUUACAAAAAUAUAUGUCUU